CACACCCACAACACCGAGACAGGAAGUGAGAAGCUACUACUCGUGAAUCCACGCGUGUUUUAUUCCAAUGUUUACAAUACCGAACUUGCUUUUUUAACGAAAUACAUGCUAGCAGUUUUUGUAAAAAAAAAAUGGUAUAUGUUUUAAUAAGGAAUUUGAUAUUGUAUAUUUGAACCGAACGUAUUUCCAGUGACGUCGUAGGACUGUAAAUCAUGACAGAGGUGCAUAGUAAAGUCCCAGUGGACAGUGGGAAUAUCUUGGAUCUGUUUAACAGGGCAAAACCAGUCAGAGUGUGUGCACCUAUGGUCCGAUACUCGAAGUUGGCUUUCAGAUGUCUGGUGAGGAAAUAUGACUGUGAUGUGUGUUUCACCCCAAUGAUCAUUGCAGCUGAUUUCAUGCGCUCUGCAAAAGCUCGAGACAGUGAAUUUACCACCAAUAAGACUGACAGACCGUUGAUCGUCCAGUUUGCUGCAAAGGAUGCACAGACGCUGGCAGAUGCGGCGAGUGUGGUUUCUCCUUUCUCAGAUGGGGUGGAUUUGAACUGCGGCUGUCCACAAAGGUGGGCCAUGUCUGAAGGCUACGGUGCGUGUCUGAUUAACAAACCUGAGCUGGUGAAAGACAUGGUUCGACAUGUCCGAAACCAAAUCGACAAUCCCAACUAUACAGUAUCGGUUAAAAUAAGAAUUCACAAGGAUAUGAGGAAGACGGUGGAUCUGUGUCAGAAGGUGGAGGCAGCAGGAGUCUCCUGGGUCACAGUUCACGGUCGUACCGCUGACGAGAGACACCAGCCCGUUCACUACGACGCCAUUAAGACCAUAAAGGACAGUCUUUCCAUCCCGGUCAUCGCUAACGGUGACAUCAAGAGCAUGCAGGACGUGGAGGCCAUCUACGAGCUCACAGGGGUGGACGGUGUGAUGGCGGCUCGGGGAUUGCUGGCCAAUCCUGCCAUGUUUGCCGGGUACGAGGAGACCCCGCUGCAGUGUGUGUGGGACUGGGUGGACAUCGCUGUGGAGCACGGGACCCCGUUCACCUGUUUCCACCAUCACCUGAUCUACAUGCUGGAGCGCAUCAGCUCUCAGCCCGAGAGGAGAGUGUUCAAUAGCUUAUCCAGUACUUCUGCCGUCAUUGACUACCUUCACAGUACAUACGGCUCCGCGUAGAUGUUUUUAAUCAAUGCAUUGUUUUAACAGUUGUAAUAAAGGCUCAAAUAAAAAAACAACAACAUC